UAAGAAUAAUUCACAAAGUGAAUUUACCAAAAUUAUAUACCCCAAAAUGGCUUAAAAAACUGUUAUUAUAAUAGUCAAUAAUAAAAUUAGAUCAAUUGUUCUUUAAAUUAAUUAAAAAAGGUUUAAACAAGUUUAUUAGAAAGCGAGACAGCUUGAAAAUUGUUUAAGUCCCCUAGCAACGGUUUUGAUUUAGAUUUAUUUGCUUGACCGAUUUUCUCUAGAUGAGGCAAUGAGGCGUGACCGAGCAAAUCCUAGCACCUCAGCCAAACGUGGGAAGCGGCAUGCACGUUAGUUUCAUCAACUUGUAAACGGCAUUUUGUAUCUAGAGCCAUCGGCGUGGUUGUUUCAGAAAAAUGCCGGUAAUUCAGGACGCUUACAGCGUCAAUGUCAGUAACCGAUUUGACUUGGGUUAUAAGAACUACGGGGAUAGCGAUAACGAAUCGGACGUUGCCGAAGACAUUGACCCGUUAGAACAGUUAAAAAAACUUGAAGAGGAACGGGCCAAGGAGCGCGAACAGAAAAAGAAGCUAAAAGAAAUUGCGGCCAAGAAAGCCGCCAAAAAGGGCAUCCAUUUUAAGGAAAAUAAAGAUGCCAAUGUCCCUGCUAAAAAAGAGCAGACUGAGCCCGUGAAAGAGGGUAAGACGGGCGGACAAAAGCAAAACAACCAGCGUGCUCCAAGGAGGCAACAAACUGGUGACCGCAAAGACAACCAAGUGGGUGACGAGAACAGGAGACCCCCGAGGAGACGUAACGAUGGCCCCAGGAGGCCCCCGCGUGAGAGGGGUGAAGGUGACACCUUCGGGGAAGGGCGAGGAGAGGAUAAACCAGCCCCAUAUAAUCGUGGGGGUCCACAGGGGCCAGAUUCUCGACCAGAGAGACGCGAUCGACCAGAAAGAAACGAGAGAUUCCGAGGUGGUCGUGGUGGAUACAGAGGUGGAAACCGUGGAACUUAUCGUAACGAUGGAAGAGAUGAUCGAGGGAAGAGGGAGUUUGAUCGGAGAAGUGGAAGUGACAGAUCUGGUGUUCGACCAACUGAGAAGAGAGAUGGGGGAGGACCAAGGAACUGGGGGACUCCUGGAAAUGAAAUUGAAGAACCAACAGAAGCUGUGAACCUGAGCUCUGAAGAUAUUGGUAACUGGGCUGAUCACGUGGAGAAUGAACAGAGUGAAACCAAAAAGGAAAAGAGUGAGGGAGAAGGAGAAGAGGAGAAAGAGGAAGAGGAGCAAGAGGUUGAGAUGACUUUGGAUGAAUGGAAGGCAGCUCAAGUGAUGAAGAAGCAAGAAUUCAACAUCCGGAAGCCUGGAGAAGGGGAGGACUCGGCCAAAUGGAAAGGACUCAAACUUCUCCAUCCUUCAGCAAGAAGUAAUGAUAACCAGGAACCAGGACUACAGGAGGACAACAGCCGCCGAGGUGUGCAAUCUAAACCACAAGUUGAAGUUGACAUUCGAUUCACUGACAUGCCAAUGAGAGGAGGCCGUGGCGGACGAGGUGGCAGAGGCCGUGGCGGAUACCGUGGAAAUGACCGCAGAUCUGGUGGCAAUCGUCAAGCUAACAAAGGAUACAAUGCUCGCUCAAGCCAACUUCCCCCUGAUGUUCUUAACGAAGCUGAAUUCCCAACUCUUCCCGCUGCAUAAAUGAGCCUACGUGACUAUUUUUAAGACAAUUUGUAGAGGGCAUGAGUUGAACAUUGUUUUUAUGCUCCCAACUUUUUUGUUUGGCGUCCAAAUGUUCCUAUCGGCGGACCUUAGUUGACUGUGGUAACAUUGUAAAUAGCAUGACUUAUAUGCCCGCUGCGUUUGUGUACCGUUUCGCAUACGAUUUUAUGUCAAUUUGCAAAAUAAGUUUCACCGUUUUUCGGAUAAAUAAGUUUACCCCCAUGUUUUAUUUCAAAAUGCUUUUCUUUGCAGCUGGUGUGUUUAAACCCAGCGGCAAAAAUCAUGGAUAAAACAACAUGCAUGCGUUCAACAUGGUGAACAUUGGAUUUUGCUUGGUUUGGUCUCUCAAAGGAAACUGAAAUAAAUUAAUUGGUUACACAAAUGUGUGCAUGGAAUUAAUAAAUGAAGCCCCAAUAUG